AUGAACCCUGUCGAUCAUCCGCAUGGUGGGGGAGAAGGAAGGUCAUCGAGUGGUCGCAAGCCCGUCUCACCCUGGGGAAAACUCUCCAAAGCCCUCAAAACUCGGCCGAAAAAAAAGUCCAAGGUUAAAAGGAGCCAAGUCGCCCAUGGUCAAGAGCCAAGACGAAUGAUAACGGCGGGGGUAGCAGCCCAUCACCAUACCCCCGAAGAGUUGUCCGACGAGGAACAUAAUGCCCAACCUCAUCUCGUUCGCCGCGAACGCACUAUAGGUAUUCGUCCCACCGUUCGUGGCACCGUCAUGAACCCCGUCGAUCAUCCACGCGGUAAAGGGAAAAGGAGUAUAGUUAAAAAGCAGUCCACCUGCUCUCAGCAUAAAAGACGCGUGAAACUCCUCUCUGUCACUUAUUUGACCCUUUCUUACAACAACUUUCCACUCGCAAGUUCAUUUCCUUCAGUAGCUCAAAGUUGUGCUGACUCGGUACAGGUGCUGGCACGGUUCCAUCCCCCACCAUGUACUUUUACACCAUUAUCUCCUUCCUUCUUCUUGCUCAAGGCCCAACCCAAACCGCAUUCUCAGGAGUCGUGGCCAGCCACCACGUCGACAGAAAAGACGUUGAUGAAACCGACUUGGUCCACAUCCAUAAGCGCGGCGUCUAUCCUUCUCGCUUCAAGGACCACCCGCAUGGUGGUGGAGAAGGCAAGAGUGCUAGUGGUGGUCGCCACCCAGUCUCGCCUUGGGGUAAUCCGACCAAAGGUUACAAGACUCGCAAAAACAAGUCUACAAACAAGUAUAUUGUCAGCCGCCGAAAAGGAGGCAAGUCGUA